AACACUUCCGGGUCAAGAAUGACGUAGUGAUCACUGAUUUCUACAUAGAAAAUAGAAAGAGGAACGAAGCAGAUGAUGACAGCUGACUUAUUUCUUAUCGCCUCCAGAUUGUUUUAAUGUUAAUCUCUUAAAAUCUUAUAUAGUGGUUAAAUAUUGUUGUAGAAAAAUGAGUGAACUAACACCGGAUGAAAUCCGACGACGAAGACUUGCCAGACUUGGAGGUAAUCAGUCUGGGGGCUCAGCAAAUGAUGGAUCACAGGCCAGUGGUGGAUCCAGUCAGACAUCAGACUCUCAAUCAACCCCUUCUCGGACAAACAACACACCCCCAAAUAGUCUUAAUGUUGAUCCAGUAACUCCAGAUUCUCAAAGAAGCCUGGAUAUGGAUUCUGAAUGCUCAGAGAAAAAUUCUCAAUCACAGAUGGAUGUAGAUUCUGGCAUAGAGACAAUGGAAGUUGAUGAACAAGACACAAAGUUUGAGAUAAAGAGAAGACGGGAUACAAGUAUUGGUUCAGAAGCCACUGUAGAGCAGGUCAUCGAAGCUGUAGGUCGAGUAUGUCUGGUGUCUUGGAAAGGAGACAGUGAAGAAGCAGUAUUUGUACCUGAACUAGCAGAAUGUGUGGAUGACGGAGAUACAUCAUGUAGCAAAGAAAUGAUAAGCCAGGCCUUAAUGGAGGUGCUGAUGAAGAUCCGGGAUUCUUCCCAUAACCCAGUGUUAAAGAUAAAAACAAGUGUCUCAUAUGCUGUUUCACCAAGGAAACCAGGCUCGAGUCCAAGAAGUACUGUAAGCACCAUGACGUCCCCAGAUAUGCAGCCCAAGAGAGAAUUUUCUGAGAAGUAUCAGCCAGAAACUUGUAAGGAGGUGGAAAUGAUGAAUUAUCUGAUGGACUGUUAUGAUAGAGCAGGGCUUGAGGAGAGAUUGGCUCCAAAGAGAGCUAGUGUUCCCCCACUCAGUCUGAUGUUGUCCAGUGUUAGAAGGCAGUGUGUCUGUCACACUGCAUUAGUUUUACAAGGAGUGCUGACAAAAUCCAGAUCUAUUGCGGGUUCCUCCCUUCUACUUCCUUAUUUAUUGUCUCACAACUUACCACGAGGCUUUCUACCAGAACUAGUACAGACUACGUGUAAUGACUUCGACACCUUCAGAAGGGUGUUUGUCCCAGUGUUACAGGGCUUGAACCGACACAUUCACUCCUUGUCACUAGACAGUGACGACUACAGGGAGCCUAUGUCUGUCCUCUCGGAACUCUGUGAAAUCAAGAGUGGCAACACACGGCCCAUAUGUGGUCUGACUGUGGAGCAGUUGAACUGGAUUCCAGUCAGUCUGACCCAGGCUACAGGGAUGGAACUAGAGAAGCUGUCCUGGUUGGGACCAUUCCUGGGAUUGUCUGUGUUUGCUGAGGACAAUACGAAAGUUGUAGAAAAGUUUUUCUCAGGUCAUCAACUGUCUGCAGACAAUACUAAGUUAAUUCACCAGUCUUUACAACAUCGCAUGGAGUAUGUCAGAACAGAGCUGUUCAAAGUCAUGCACAAUAUUCUAGUCAAUGGGCAGAGUAGAGAUCGAGCUUUAACUUACAUAGCCACUGCUCUGGAGAGAAACUCAAGAAAAUCUCAGAUACAGGUUGAUGAGAGAUAUGUUGCAGGAGAUGGAUUCAUGUUAAAUUUAUUGUCCAUCCUUCAACAGUUAUCUGUUAAAAUAACACUUGAUAAGGUUGACACUUAUUACCCGUUCCAUCCAAGUUCUCGAGUUGGCAUUAAAUCAGAGACCAGACUAAAGGCUCUUCCACAGCAAGCUGAAAAAUGGAUCAAAGAGAUGUCCAAAGGAUCACCUCCCUGGCAGGACCCUAAAUUCCCCACGGAAUGCUUCUUCUUGACCCUACAUUGCCAUCACCUGUCAAUCAUUCCUGCCACCCGGCGGUAUCAGCGACGUCUGCGUGCGAUUCGUGAUCUGAACAGAAUGGUGGAAGAUCUGGAGAAUUCCGAGUCCCAGUGGGGUCAGUUUCCACAUGCUGUCAGGAACAAAGAGAUGCUCAAAAAGUGGAAAUCGCAAGUCCAGAGGUUGCAGAAAAGUAAAUUGUGUGCAGAUGCUGCUGUGUUGGACGAGUCACUACUUCGUCGUUGUUUGAAUUUUUAUAGUGGAGUGUCUUCAUAUCUCCUGAAAGUUGCAGAUCCUCAGAACAUGGGUCAAACUUUGCCCUUGUCCAAAACUGUGCCAAUGCCUUUUGGGGCUCUUCCAGAUUUCUACUUGGAAGACAUCGCUGAUUUUCUCCUCUUUGUCAUCCAAUUUAGUCCAGAUGUACUGAAUGACCCCAGUAUAAGCCAGAUCAUCCAUAUGUUGAUUGUGAUGGUGUGCAACAAUGAAUACAUCGGUAACCCCUAUUUGACAGCCAAGCUUGUUGAGGUCAUCUUUGUCAUGAACCCUAGCAUACAACGCAGGACAGGAACUCUCAAUGAACAGUUUCUACUUCACCCUCUCGCUGUCAAACAUCUGGUCCCAGCUCUUAUGAAAUUCUACACAGAUAUUGAGACUACAGGAGCGAGCAAUGAAUUCUAUGACAAGUUUUCCAUUCGUUACCACCUCAGUAUCAUCUUCAAGACAAUGUGGCAAAUGCCACAACACCAGCUCAACAUGAUAGAAGAAGCAGAUAAUGGUAAGCAGUUUGUGAAGUUUGUCAACAUGUUGAUGAAUGACACAACCUUCCUGUUGGAUGAGAGUCUGGACUGUUUAAAGCGGAUUCACGAAAUCCAGGAUGCCAUGCAGAACAGAGAGGAGUGGGAGGGGCAACCUAAGGAACAGCAGCAGUCCCGACAAAGGCAGCUGGCCAUGGAUGAACGUCAAUGUAGAUCAUACCUCACUCUGGCCACAGAGACGGUGGACAUGUUCCACUAUCUCACAGAGAAAAUCAGGAAACCCUUCCUCAAACCAGAACUAACUGAUAGAUUGGCAGCCAUGUUGAAUUUCAAUCUCCAACAACUGUGUGGCUCAAAAUGUAAGAAUCUGAAAGUGAAAAAUCCAGAGAAAUAUGGCUGGGAACCCAAAGAAUUGCUCAACAGGUUGACGGACAUUUACCUUCAUUUAGACUGUGAUGAAUUUGCUAUGGCCAUUGCCAGUGAUGAGAGAUCUUAUCGUCAUGAACUGUUCAACGAUGCCAUUGCCAGAAUGCAGAAAGCCAUGAUCAAAACCAAUAUGGAAAUUGAACAAUUCCGCUCUCUCCAAGAGAAAAUAGACAAGAUUGUGUUGGAAAAGCAGAAAGAAGAAGUAGAUUAUGGGGAGAUACCCGAGGAAUUUAGAGAUCCCUUGAUGGACACUCUGAUGUCUGACCCGGUCAUCUUGCCCAGUGGUGCCAUAAUGGAUCGACCAAUCAUAACCAGGCAUUUACUGAACUCUCAAACUGACCCAUUCAACCGGCAACCUCUGACAGAGGAGGAACUAAUCCCAGCCAAUGAUCUCAAGAAGAAGAUAGGCGCUUGGAAGAAAUCAAAACGAUAAUCCUAAACAACAGAAAUCAACACCAUGCUUGUGUUCUUUUAAUUCAUGUCACUUAGAAGAAUCAUUUUUUGCUCAUAGAUUGUUUUACUCGCUAAUAGUAGAUAGGUGGGUUUUUAUUUUGUGUUUUGGGGAGUAUAUUGUGUGAUUUUCAUUUAAGAUGCAAUCUAUUUGCUGAUCUCUGUUAAAGAUUAAUUGCACCAAAACAUUUUGGAAGCAGACAGAAAAUUAAGAUUAAAAAUGUCAUGAGCAGAACACUUUGAAAGUAGUGAUAUAUAUUUAUAUUGAAUCCUAAUUAUUACGGGCAGAGUUUGUGUGAUUUGUUAGUAGCUGCAGUUUACUGUAUCUUCACUUUACAGGAUGUGUCGGAUACUGCAGUUUACAGUAUGUGUCAGAUACUGAAGUUUACAGUAUGUGUCAGAUACUGAAGUUUACAGUAUGUGUCAGAUACUGAAGUUUACAGUAUGUGUCGAAUACUGAAGUUUACAGUAUGUGUCCGAUACUGAAGUUUACAGUAUGUGUCCGAUACUGAAGUUUACAGUAUGUGUCAGAUACUGAGGUUUACAGUAUGUGUCAGAUACUGAAGUUUACAGUAUCUGUUGGAUACUGAAGUUUACAGUAUGUGUCCGAUACUGAAGUUUACAGUAUGUGUCCGAUACUGAAGUUUACAGUAUGUGUCAGAUACUGAAGUUUACAGUAUGUGUCAGAUACUGAGGUUUACAGUAUGUGUCAGAUACUGCAGUUUACAGUAUGUGUCAGAUACUGAGGUUUACAGUAUGUGUCAGAUACUGAGGUUUACAGUAUGUGUCAGAUACUGAGGUUUACAGUAUGUGUCAGAUACUGAGGUUUACAGUAUGUGUCAAAUACUAAAGUUUACAGUAUGUGUCGGAUACUGAAGUUUAUACACUGUAGUAUCUGUUGGAUACUGAAGUUUAUACACUGUAGUAUCUUUGGAUGUUGCAGUUUACAAUUUUUCUUGGCUGUUUCGGAAAUCACUUCUUUGUACAGAAUAUGAAAUGUUAUUAAAGGAGAAAGGAGUGAGCAUUUUUGAUUGACAAUAUCACAUGACAAAUACAGACAUAUGUUCUGAUAUUUAUUGUUAAAUAGAUUUGAAUCAGACCAAGAGCUUUCUAUGAAUCUUCUGUGAUCAUGUAUGUUCCUGUCCAGUUGAAUGAAUUCACCGUUCUGGUUGAAUGAACACACCGUUCUGGUUGAAUGAACACACUGUUCCUGUUGGAGUGGACAGAUUCCCUUCAGUCUACACUGGUUAUAUUUUUGCUUGUUUAGGAGUACAAAUGGUCAUAUGAAAUCUCUUGUGUUUUUUACCUGUAUGCUUAUUCCAUUUAUUGUCAACUUGUGAAGAAUAAACUAUCCUUGAUUCACUAAUUCUCAAACAAUAUAUUUUUAUGUAUAUUGUAUGCAGGAAAUAUCCUAGUUCUGCAACAACUUGUGAUGAAUAUAUUAUUUGUAGUUGUGCAUGAUAAAAAUUAUAAUUACUGUUAAUCUGCACCUUGAUAAUUUUCUAGGUCAUAAUCUUGUUUUUGUAUUGCUUUGUGUUUUAUGUGGCCUAAGGCAUUGGUGUAUUCUCAGGCCAACAGACAUUGUAGACUGGUAUGAAAUGUAUGGUAUGGUACAAUGUGAUCCCCAGAUGUAUUGACUUUUGAAACAAACACCCUCUGGAAUUUGUUAAGAAUCUCCUCUUUCUCUGCCCACACUGCCAGUUUAUACAAAGUAUUUGCAAGUAGCUAUUACUUCCUGACUUCCUGUUUUAGAAAAUUUAGUUUGAAAUUCAAGAUAUCAAAUACUUGUUCACAUUUGGAAUGCAAUGAUGUAUACAUAUGAACUUGUGUUUUUAUGUUGUGCAUGUUUGCCACAUGAACAUACUCCACAAGAAUAACGCUCAUGAACACCAAACUGAACAAUAGUGAACAUAUCAAUGACACUAAUCAUCUUGUGGUUGAUUGACCUACUUAAAAUUCAAGUCGAUGUGAUGACUAUUUUGUGUGUGGAUUUUUAGUACACAUUCUAGGUGUAACUGCUAUCAAGUUUUAUUUUGUAUAUUUUGUGUGCAUGUGUAACUGUUGAGUGAUUUCCCUUGUGGAUAGUUUUUUUUUUUAUCAGUGCAGUGAAAUGAUAGGCGAGAUUUUUUUUCUCCUCAGUUUUGUGUUUGUGAUUCAGCGAUUGCUGUAUAAUGUGGAAAAUCCCAAAAUACUAACCCUUCUUAAAGGGUCAUUAAUUGUUUUCUUCAAAGAAAAAAGAAAUACUGAAUGAAACUAUACACUUUUAUUCUGGACAGUGCGACUUUAGAUGAAGUGUUCCUUUAUUGAAUGAGAAUAUGUGUAUUAGAUAUUCUUGCUAUUAAUUUUCAGACAAGCUUGUGUGUGCGCUAUAGUCAUUCUGUGGUCAUUUUCCUGUGUAAACCCCCCCCCCCCCCCCUUCCAUCAUUUAUGUUUGGUUAAUUUAUACAUGCAUAGAAAGUUGUACAAAGGAAUUUUCGGGGACAAAGAUUGAGACGACUUAGUUUGAUGUUGAUAGAUUGUAAUGGGUCGCAAUAAAAUGAGAUAACCUAUGUAUAUAUAAAUUUUGAUGAAGUGAAUGUUUGGCUGGGUGAAUGAAGACAUAACUUUUACAUAGUAAUGGUAGAAUAUACAGGUUAGUGAUGUACUUAUAAACAAGAUAAAAAUUAUUCAUUUCAGACCUGUGAAUUCUUUCAGUCUUUAAUAUGUCAAAUGCAUACACAUGCAAAAAAAUUACAUUAGUGAUGAACAUUAAAACAAAGUAAGACA